AUGAAAGUCCUGAACUUGAUCAGGGAAUUUGAACUUCAAAGAAUGAAGGACUCGGAGAUGAUUAAAGACUACUCAGAUAGGCUUCUUAGCAUUGCAAACAAGGUUAGGCUUCUUGGAUUUGACUUUACUGAUUCAAGAAUUGUAGAAAAAAUUCUUGUUACAGUACCAAAAAGAUAUGAAGCUACAAUCACUACCUUGGAGAAUACCAAGGAUUUGUCAAAAAUUUCCUUAGCAGAAUUGAUUAAUGCAUUGCAACCACAAGAGCAAAGAAGACUGCUGAGGAAGGAUAAAACAAUCAAGGGAGUGUUGAUAGCCAAGCAUCAGAACGAUUUUGAAGGAAGUGGAGCAAGUACAACAAAAGGAAAGAAUGGGAAUCAGAAGAAAUCCUAUCCACCUUGCAAGCACUGUGGAAAGAAGGGUCAUCCUCCAUUUAGAUGUUGGAGAAGACCUGAUGCUCAGUAUUCAAAGUGCAACCAACUUGGACAUGAAGUAGUAAUUUGCAAAGAAAAGGCGCAGUAG